AUGUCUCACUGCCACAGCAAUCACUUGUCAACACUUCCCAAUUGGACGCCUAAAGACAUACGAGAGCCUCAACUCGAGAACGAGCUGAAGGAGUGUUGCGGUCGAGUCUUCAUUGACAGCGCGCCUGAGUUUUGUAUCCCAGAAACGUCGACCAUAAACCUGAAACACGUGGAUGUGAUCCUGAUAUCCAACUAUCAGUCGAUGUUAGCGCUUCCAUACAUCACUGAACGCACAGAAUUCUCCGGCAUUGUCUUCGCCACGGAUCCCACCCUUCAGAUCGCCAAACAGUUUAUGGAAGAAAUGGUUAAAUACAUCGAAAGGACUCCCAAAGCGCGACAGGCAUCGCUCUGGAAGAAGUCCAGUGUCUAUAAACAUAUUCCUCUGGCCUUUAAUGUGGACACCAAUCAAAAUAGUAAACCAUUUUUGUGGCAACAGAUCUACUCGACUAAAGAACUCAAUAAUUCUCUAUCGAAAGUCAAAGUCAUUGGAUUCGCGGAACAAAUUGAUAUCUUUGGUUCACUUCAAGCACAAGCCCUCAGCGCCGGCUAUUGUAUCGGUUCGUGUAAUUGGGUUAUCACUAGUAAUCACGAGAAGAUUGUGUAUCUGUCCAACUCAUCCACUCUGACCACUCACCCCAAGCCCAUGGAUCACAUUCCGCUGCGAAAUGCCGACGUACUGGUGCUCAACAACUUGAGCCAAACACCUCAUGUUAAUCCCGACUCAAUGUUAGGCGAAUUCUGCGUUAAUAUCGGAAAAGCGCUUCAAAUGGGUGGCAAUGUAUUGGUUCCCUGUUAUUCUUCAGGUGUUAUUUAUGAUCUGUUCGAAUGUCUAGCUCUACAU